AUUGCCGCUGUACCCAGGAUAUUUCUCAGGUGUUUUGGACCCUGCUGCGAAGUCUCUGGAAUGGACUCACACAUGCGCAGAAGCUACUUCCGUGGUCAGAACCGGAAGUUGUUAGUUAAGCAGGGCGCUUUUCUUCAAAACAGAACCGUAUGAGGGUCUGAAUUACAACUUUUGCAGCAAUGCCUCUGUCAACCCAGUCGCAAGACGACAGUGAACAAUACGUUUUAGUUGCCAGCUUGGAUAAUGCUCGCAAUCUCUCCAACAUACUGAAAGCCAUCACCUUCAAAGACCAUGCCAUCUUCAGCGCCACACCCAACGGCCUGAAGGUCACAGUGGAGGACUCCAAAUGUCUGCAAGCCAAUGCCUUCAUCCAGGCUGAGAUAUUCCAAGAGUUCACCAUAAGGGAAGAUUUGGUGGGUUUUCAGGUCAACCUCACUGUUUUGCUGGACUGUCUUAAUAUCUUUGGAGGAAGCACAGUACCAGGAGUAUCCACAGCCUUACGGAUGUGCUACAGGGGGUACGGUUACCCUCUGAUCCUGUUCCUGGAGGAGGGUGGGGUGGUGACUGUGUGCAAGAUCAACACACAAGAACCAGAAGAGCCAAUUGACUUUGAGUUCUGUAGCACCAACGUCACAAACAAGGUGAUCCUGCUGUCCGAGAGUCUGAAAGAAGCCUUCUCUGAGCUAGACAUGACCAGUGAGGUGCUACAGAUCACCAUGUCUCCCAGCCAGCCAUACUUCAGGUUGUCGACGUUUGGGAACUCGGGAAGUGCCCAUUAUGAUUAUCCCAAAGACUCUGACAUGAUGGAGCUGUUCGGAUGCACCAAGACACAAACCAACAGGUACAAGAUGUCCCUGCUGAAGCCAUCCACAAAAGCCCUGGCUUUGUCCUGUAAAGUCUCUGUGAGGACAGACAGCAGGGGCUUCCUCUCUCUGCAGUACCUGGUCAGGAACGACGACGGACAGAUCUGCUUUGUAGAAUAUUAUUGCUGUCCUGACGAGGACGUGGAGGAGGAGUGAUUACAGUCCACUCAAUUCCCCUUUAAAUAAACACUUUGACUUCAGUGGUGGCCAGUUUCCCAGAGGAGGCAGUACAGCCAGUGGGUGCACCCAGGAAAACCUGGACUUAAUGGGUAAUGGGCACAGUGGGAAGGUUGCAUUUCAGCAGAGCUUUGUCACUGGAUUUGUGGAAAGAUAACCAGACGGGUGACAUUAUGUGCCUGUGUGUAGUUAGACCACUACAAUGCUGAGCUUAUAAUUUCAUAGAGAUACAGAAAGUGAUAUACAGUUACUGUAUUUUGCGUCAGACGUCCCUCAAGUCUAAAUGGUUUGUAGUCCGAUUACAGCAGUCAUCUGUCUGCGUUCAGUAUUUCCUCUUUCCUUCCUUUAACUCAUACAGUGAGCCGUUAACAACCCAUAAGACAUUUAUGAAAUGCUACAUUGGUACAUGUUUCUGAAAGUGUCUCUCUGCACAUACAUGGCCAUAAUUGUACCUCAUGUUGAACGUGUAUGCUGACACCUUUGACAACCAUUUGUCUGAAGUAUACAGCAGAUGACACUGACAGUAUGUAAAUCAUUUUAUUUCCAUGACUUACAAAACAACUGUAAUCACUCAAAAGCAAUAAACAUGUUUGUUUUUUUA